AUGUCGGCUCCGUACUGGGGCCAGCUCCCACCACUAGCUACAGUUCCUAGGAGUCGGCGCAUGUCUGGCGAUGUGACGCCGACAACCCCAUCCGACUCUCGCCAGUCCUUCAACAUCCACUCUCAGACCCGCCACAGACCGAAUCGCAUCUCUGUCCAGACUACAAAGUCGGAAGCUCAGACUGACUCAACUCUCAGCCCUUUCGCAUCUCCGACCACUCCCAGCUUCAUGGGCCAGGGACUUGCCCCUCCUCCGGCACCAGUGCCCUACGGUGCUAGCAACCAGUAUCCGCCCGAGUUCCUAGAAAAGCGCCGUCGCCGUAGGAGCCAAAAUCUAGACCAUGACUUGGAGUAUGCAGUCGAUACUGGCCCACCGCCGCCUGCCGUCCCAGAGGCUCCUCCAAGACCUCCUAUGAGUUACAGGUAUCCGUCUGCCAUCGCUGAACAACAGAACUCGUACUUGAAUCCCUCUCCGGGAUCGUCACCCAUGACCCAAAACGUGGGCUCAGAUGGAUUCCACGAGAAUCAAACCUCGGCCGGUGAAAGACAGACACCUCGGGACACGGAUGGUGCGAGCACGAGCCGGCGACCACAGCGUAUCGUUACCGGAUCGAUGCGUUCGGGAAAUAUGCCACCACUAGCCGGAGCAAACAGCCACCGACGCAGGGCUUCUGGUGUUGACCAGCCUCUACAGAGGAGUACUAGGCGCUCCUCAGCGAGCCAGCCAGCAACCCGACAGAGAAUGUUCGCAGACGACCGCUCACCACUUCAAAGGCUCCAGCUGACCCUGGACAGCAUAGCAAAAGGAGAAUCAGGGGAAGGACCUACUCCACGAGUCGAAGCCGCCGAAGGCUCAGCACGGGAAUUUACGCCAGAGAACUCGGCACCCGAGCAGACCGAAAUAAACACGAUAUCGCCGCAAGUGCCCGUUCAGAUCCAACAGGUCUCACCCGUUAUUCAACGCCAGGAACUACCUCAACAAACCAUGCCGGUAAGUUCGACGACUUCGACCAGACCUGACCAAGGUUCGGCGGCUGCAAAGGGACCACUCUCGCAGAAUCCUCCCGAAGAAGGGCGAACCUAUGGAGCAAACAGUGGGCGAGUUGCUAGACCCCAGGUGCCUGACCCGCGGAUUCCAAUGAACGCGGCUGUCAGCAGUGUCAGGACUUCUAAUCUACCACAGCGCAACCUCAGUUUCCGCGAGCGAGCAGCUAAUCAGGAGGCCAAACUGCCCAAUGGUAUAAACGAGGCUUUGGGCCCCAUGCCCACACCAAGGAAGGUGGUGAAGAAGCCGGUAGCAGAGCCAUGGCCGAGGCAAAGCCAAGAAAAGCAGGAGACCCAAGAGCCAGCAGAGGCUCGAGAUCAUCAACCAGUCGAGAGACCGAUCGAAAGGGCUGUCAAGGACGACAAAAGUCAGCAGUUUGGCAAUAUUACCAUUGGAGCGAGCGCAGAGCCAGCCAGAGCAGCGAGCCAGAGAAAGGCGGACAAAAUACUUGGUCGUGCUCCUAUCCAGCAACCCCAGCCAUAUACAGCACCUACGGAGCGACAAAACCCUGUUCAGAACGAGCCUGUCCCUCAACCUCCCGUCGAGAGUCCCAUUAUUCCUGUCGAAAGCCCGCAGGCUACGGCCGAAAGGGUGCCCAUGGGUGGGCCGAACUAUCCUCCCCCACCUAACCACCAGCACCAGCACCAACAUCAGGCACGGAGGGAUGUUAGACGCGACGACCAUGGGAGAGAUCUUAGACGCGAUCGCGAUGAUGCUGAACCGGGCCAUCACAUCUCUAAUAUGCUCUACCAUGCGCGGGACGACCUCGAGCCCGGGCAGGGCGAGUUUCAACCGACAAGAUAUCUCGAAGAGUGGAAGAAUGGUACUGUCGGCACUCUUGCUGGCCCGCUUCUAGACCUGGGCAAUGUAUCGCCUUCAGGUGACAGGAACGCACCCCAGUUUCGGAGACGAGGUACCGGGGGAUCGCGGCCAAGGAGAGGUGAAGCUUUUGAUGGCGAGUAUGAUGACACUUAUGGUGAUCCCAAAGUAGGGCGCAAGGGCGAGACUCUCUAUGUCCGGCCGGUCGACCACCUGGAAGAAGGCAAGGAUCUUUCCAGGGAUGAAACCGACAACGGGUUAUUCGAAAAGUCGAGAAGCGCGCCAGAUUCUCUUCCGGCCGGCGUAACUGACCCGCCUGGCUCCUUCAACGCCCGGAAGAAACGCGCCAAGAUCGAUGGGGAGAGGGCAGGGAAGUACAAAGACGUUCGAGGAUUCCGGCUCCAUGCCGAGCGAGGGUACACUUUCUGGCGGUUCAAUAUCGAAGUCGAACUCCGCGAGAAGCAACAACGCAUCGCCUAUCGUAUCAACCGGGGACCAGCAACGGGUUUUUGGGUCCCGGCCAAGGGACAGGCAAUGAACAUUAUGUUCCACAGCUGCAACGGCUUCAGCUUAAGCGUCGAUCCCAACCAGUUCAGCGGCCCCGACCCUAUGUGGCGCGACGUGCUCAACACUCACCAGAGCCAACCGUUCCAUGUCAUGAUUGGUGGUGGUGACCAAAUCUACAACGACAAGUGCAUGCAAGAGACGCAACUUUUCAAGGAAUGGCUGAUGAUCAAGAACCCAUUGCACAAGCACAACACCCCUUUCAGCGCGGAAAUGCAGGACGAGCUAGAGCGUUUCUACCUGGAGCGAUACGCCAUGUGGUUCUCCCAGGGAUUGUUUAGCAUGGCCGCCUCGCAAAUCCCCAUGGUCAACAUGUACGACGACCACGACAUCAUCGACGGCUUUGGCUCGUACCCGCACCAUUUCAUGAACUCGCCGGUGUUCUCGGGACUUGGCAACGUUGCCUUCAAGUACUAUAUGCUUUUCCAGCAUCAAAGCGUAGUGGAUGAAACGGAGAAAUCCGAGCCGAGCUGGAUCUUGGGUGUUCGGCCGGGACCGUACAUCCAGGAGGUCAGUCGAAGUAUGUUUAUGUUCCUGGGCGCAAAGGUUGCCCUGCUGGCAGUCGACGCACGGACUGAACGAACGCGAGAGGAGGUCAUCAGAGAAGAUACAUGGAAGAGGAUCAUGGACCGGUGCUACGGCGAGAUCGAAAACGGGAAGGUAGAGCAUCUGCUGGUCCUUCUUGGUGUGCCGGUCGCUUACCCGAGGUUGGUCUGGCUUGAGAAUAUCUUGACCUCUCGUCUGAUGGACCCCGUCAAGGCUCUAGGAAAAGCCGGCCUUUUCAAAAACCUCCUCAACCAUUUCGAUGGAGGCGUCGAGGUCCUGGAUGAUUUGGACGACCACUGGACAGCCAAGAACCAUAAGGAGGAGCGGGCAAUUGUGAUCGAAGAUCUCCAGGACCUGGCGGCUGACAAGUCAGUCAGAGUUACUAUUCUCAGCGGUGACGUCCAUCUGGCAGCCAUCGGGCAAUUCUACUCGAACCCCAAGCUCAACAUCCCGAAGGACAAGGACUUCAGGUACAUGCCAAACAUCAUCUCCUCCGCCAUCGUCAACACUCCGCCACCGGAUAUGUUAGCCGACGUUCUCAACAAACGCAACAAGGUUCACCACUUCGACCGAGACACGGACGAAGACAUGAUCCCGAUGUUCCAACAAGGUGUCGACGGCAAGCCGCGGAACAACAAGCACCUGCUUCCGCACCGCAACUGGUGCUCGAUCCGGCUGUACACCCCCGGGAGUACACCAGACUCCACACCCGGCCAGUCCGUAAAUGACAUCAACGCCUACGGACUACCUCCCAACAAACCCAGCCUCUUGCGCCGCCUCUCACUCUCCAAAGAACGGAGCAAAUCCGGUCCCACCUACCGCGGUCCCGACAGCGUGCGCGACCGCUCACGCCCGCCCAUAUCCAACGCGUUGCUCCGCACUCUCUCCCGCCGCGGACCAAGCGCAAGCGCUGAUCAAGUCAUCCCCGGCGGCCGCGGAAGCCCAGCGGCAGCAGGAAAGCCUCCCGGACUGUUGAAAAGGACGCUCUCGGGCUCCUCCAUCAGCGGCAAAGUCGGCAACUUCUUCCGCCGUCGCAGUAGCGUCAGCUCCCAGCGGCCGCGUGUCGAUGAUGGGGGCAUCAACGGAACUUGGGGCCCGGAGUCGGAUUGUGAACAGGCUGUUUACGACGACUAUGAUGAGUAUAACAUUCCUAAGAUACGUGGCGGCCGUCGUGACGGCAGCAUGUCUGCUGGUGUAGGCUUGCGCGGCGGAGGAGGUGAAUACCACCCUACUCCCCCGGUGCCCGGCGGUGGUGGCGCUGAGUUUGCCGCCGGUGAUGAGAGUUACUUCACUGCCAAACCUGUCUCUGACCACAAUCGUGGAGCGAGUGCCGGUAGUAAUUACCCUUCUCCCCCAAUGACCGGUGGAAGUAGCGUCGCCGGCCGCGGAGGUCCCAAGGGCAUGGGCAUGUUCCAAUCCCAAGCAACAUCCGCCUCCUUGCCAGAACGGGACUUUACACCCUCUCAACUCUCACAUCGCAGUGGCGGUGGCAUGUUCCGAUCAGCAACAACAGGCGGCGGCGCAAGGACAAUAAAGCGUGGAGAUGCCGUACCCCAAGUCAUGGCCGACGGCGCGCUGGAGGUCACCCUCAACGUGGAGAUCAGCCCGCGCGAUCCGGGAGGCAGCACGGUGCCGUACCGCCUGCUGGUGCCCAAGUUGUCGUAUGAGUAUGAGGGCGAGGAUCAUGAGCAUGAUCAUGAUCAUGAGCCGGAGAUGAAUGCGAUGGUGGGGGAGGAGCAUACGCUGAGCCAGGGGCAGUUGCAGGCGUUUAUGGAGUCUAGGCAGCGGGAGGAGGAGAUGGAGAUGGGGAGGGGGAGGGGGGAGAAGACUAGUGGUGGUGGAGGGAUUAGGAGGUUGCUUAGUUUGAAGAGGAAUGGGCGAUGA